AUGUCCCAGCAGUACAAACUGCCAGUGACCCUCCCCGCUGACCUCUGUCAGCCACCCCUCAAGACUGUUUCUCCUCCUGUCGAUACCCAGCAGGAGCAAGUGAAGCAGCCAGCCCCACUGCCUUCCCCAGGCCAGAAGGUGCCCUCUGAGCCCCCAGUGAAGGUACCCUCAGAGCAGGGGGAGAAACACACAGCUCCUGUGAAAGAGGUGCCUGAGCAAGAGUUGGGGCAGCAACAGCAGCCACAGGAGCAGGAACAGCAUAAGGAACAGCAGCACAAAGAACCACAGAAGCUGGAACAGCAUCAGGACCAGCAGCACCAAAAGCCACAGAAGCUGGAACAGCAACAGGAACAGCAGCACCAAGAGCCACAGGAGCUGGAACAGCAUCAGGACCAGCAGCACCAAGAGCCACAGGAGCUGGAACAGGAACAGGAACAGCAGCACCAAGAGCCACAGGAGCUGGAACAGCAUCAGGACCAACAACAUCAAGAGCCACAGGAGGAGCUGGAACAGCAUCAGGACCAGCAGCAGCAAGAGCCACAGGAGCUGGAACAGCAUGAAGAACAGCAGCAGCAGCAGCCACAGGAGCCACAGGAGCCACAGGAGCAGGUACAGCAUCAGGAACAGCAGCAGCAGCCACAGGAACAACAGAAACAGGAACACCAGCACCAAGAACAGCAUCAGGAACAUCAGGAGUCAGAAAGCUUAGAGCAGCAGCCAAAGCAGGAGAAAGCACAAAAGGAGGAGCAGCUGAAGGAGCAACUGGAUCAGAAGAAGAAGCUCUUGGACCAUCAAAUAGAUCAAGAGCUGGAAAAGAAAGAUGAGCAACUGGGAAAGAAAGAAGAGCAGCUGCCAGAGCACCUGGAGCAUCAGAAGCAGCAGACUUUAAUGCAGCAGGAGGAGCAGCCUGUGCUUGUCCCAGCUCCUGACCAGGUCCAAGAGACCCAGCCAGUCUAGCCACUGAAGGGAGAAGUCUUGUUCCCUAUGGAGCAGCAGCAGCAGAAGCAAGAGGAGCAGUACCCCUCCAAACACAAGUAA